UCUCAGCUGAGCCUGCAGAGGACCUAGGCCUGGUCUAAGGAGAGAGCCCGGAGCCAGAGGGAAUGGCCCCUGGGAGCCACAGACCCCCACCCCAGGGUUUGGUGACAUUCAAGGAUGUAGCUGUGGGUUUCACCCCUGAGGAGUGGCGCCUCUUGGACUCUUCUCAGAAAGAGCUGUACAAGGAGGUCAUGCUGGAGAAUGCCCGGAACCUGCUCUCCCUGGGACUUCCAGGGCCCAGAGAAGAUUUGAUCUCCCAUUUUGAGCAAGAGGAAGCACCUUGGAUGCUGGAGGGAGAAGGCCCAAGCAACCUUUGUCCAGAUGGAGAGACUAGGCUCAAAAUGAGGGAGACUAGUGUAAAGCCCAGCAUUUCUGUGGAAGAAUCACAACAGCUGAAUUUCAUGAAUGAUGGUCACUGCAACCUCAAUUUGAGAGAAAUCUGUGACUCUGAUGUCAAGAUAGAGAAAAAGCAAAAGCAUUGUCAUAAAUUUGAUGAAGAUGGAAAGAGUUUCAGACAAUGUUCAGUCCUAAUUCAUUGUAAGAAAAGGACCUCAGGGAAUCGCUGUUCUCAGGAUAGAAAGUAUAGGGUCUGCUUUACUGAACAGGCAAAGCUUGUUGAGUCUCAUGAGAAGCCUCCUGAAGUGCAGCCUUAUCGAUGUAAUCAAUGGGAGAUGGCCAUCGGCUCGAAUUCAGACCUAAUUAGACAUCAGAAAAGUCAUACUGAAAAAAUACUUUUUAUAUGUAAUGAAGGUGAUGAGGCCUUCAGUUGUAAUUCAAAGCUCAUUGACCACCAGAAAAUUCAGAAUGGAAAGAAACAUGGAUAUAAUGAAUCUGGUAAAGUCUUUAAGCAACAGUCAUCCCCUGUUCACCAUCAGAAAUUUCAUAUUAGUGAAAAACUAUAUAAAUGUAUGGUUUGUGGAAAGGCCUUCAGGCAACAGUCAUCUCUUAUUUCCCACCAGAGAAUUCAUACUAGAGAGAAAUCUCAUGAAUGUCUUGAAUAUGGUAAGCCUAUCAGUGAAAAGGUUUCCAUUAUUGUACAUCAGAGAAAGCACACUGGAAAGAAACUUUAUGAAUGUAAUGAUUGUGGAAAGACUUUCAGUAAGAGCUCUAAUCUUGCUCUGCAUCAGAGAAUCCACACUGGAGUUAAACCUUAUGACUGUAAUCAAUGUGGAAAGACUUUCAAAUGUAGAAGCAAUCUUGCUAUACAUCAGAAAAUUCACAGUGGAGAGAAACCUUAUAAUUGUAUUCAAUGUGGGAAGACUUUCAGACAAAGCUUCAGUCUUGUUGUACAUCAGAGAAUCCACAGUGGAGAGAAACCUUAUGAAUGUAGUCAGUGUGGAAAGACUUACACGCGGAAUUCUCAUCUUACCCGACAUCUGAGAAUCCACACUGGAGAGAAACCUUAUAAUUGUUUUCAAUGUGGGAAGACUUACAGAUACUGUUCUAGUCUGACUAAACAUAAGAGAAUCCAUACUGGAAAGAAACCAUAUGAAUGUACUUAUUGUGGAAAGACUUUCACACAAAGCUCCCAUCUUGUUCAACAUAAAAGAAUCCACACUGGAGAAAGACCUUAUGAAUGUAAUCAAUGUGGAAAGGCUUUCAGAUGUAGCUCCAGUUUUACCGGACAUCAGAAAAUCCACACUGGUGAGAAAUCUUAUGAAUGUGAUCAAUGUGGAAACGCUUUCACAUGCAACUCCAGUCUUCUUGAACAUGAGAGAAUCCACACUGGAGAGAAGCCUUAUGAAUGUAUUCAUUGUGGAAAGGCUUUCAGAUACAACUCCAGUCUUGCUGAACAUAAGAGAAUCCACACUGGAGAAACACCUUAUGAAUGUAAUCAAUGUGGAAAGGCUUUCAGAUAUAGCUCCAGUUUUACUGUACAUCAGAAAAUCCACACUGGUGAGAAAUCUUAUGAAUGUGAUCAAUGUGGAAAGGCUUUCAGAUGCAACUCCAGUCUUGCUGAACAUAAGAGAAUCCACACUGGAGAGAAACUUUAUGAAUGUAAUCAAUGCGGAAAGGCUUUCAGAUGCAGGUCUGGUCUUGGUAAACAUCAGAAAAAUCUUCACUAGGGAGAAACAUGAAUGUAAUUAAUGUGGUCAAACCUUUCAGCAGCAGUCAUCCCUUAUUUUCCAUAGGAGAAUUCAAACUUGAUAGAAACCUCAUCACUGUAAUGAAUGAUCAAUGGCAUUGAAAAGGAGUAUGAAGCUUGUUAGAUAUAAGAACAUUUGUUUUGGAUAGAAGCACAAUUUAAACUCAUUGUGGUAAGACCUUCAGUCAGAGAUUAUCUUUUUACAUCAGAGGAUGAAUUGUGGAGAGAAACCUUGUGGAUAUGCUCAGUGGGGAAAUACCUUUUGCUGACAGGACAAACUAUCCAUCAGAAUAUCCAAAUUAGAAAGAGGACUUAUAAAAACAAUGAUCACGGGAAAGCCUUGACAUGGAUUCAGACUUGACUGUACAUUGGAGAAAUUAUGCUGGAGGUAAAACUUAUGGAUUUAAUUAAUUAACAAGGAAAGACCUCUUGCUUCAGCCCAGACCUAGGCAACCCAAAUUUCAUACUGUGCAGAAAGCCCUGUAUAUGUAUUUUUUCCCUCUGUGUGAUAAAAUAAUGGAAUUUGGCAGACACCCAGGGGUCCCACCUGAUUGCUUUAGUAUUGUUUGAGAAACUGACUAAGUACCUACUUGGGAUGAUUAGAUACAGGCCACAUUUGGCCUGCCCUGAGUGACGUAUACUACUGACAUCACCAGGGGACCACUCUCGGCCAAGCAACUUGAAGGACCUCCCUUUUGGGGGAGGGAGAGGAAAGGUAGAAAAAGAGAAUGCUGAGGCUGGGGCUCUCUUUCCUGUUGGUGUGUUUCUGAGAGUGGACUGGGGAGGGGCUGCACAGCUGACUCCCAUAGAAACUAUGGACUCCAGGUGGUGAGUUAAUAGAAACGAGGCCAGCUCUUUGAAUUAGCUGAGCUGGAAGCAAGUUUGG